GCCUGGGUGGUGCCUGGACGCUUCCGGUUCAGGAUCUUAAUUUUAGCACCGACGUCUAGGGUCUGGCGUUUGGGGAACUGUUGGCGUUGGGUGGGCGCCUUCUUGGGGCCCACAUGAGCCACUGGCAUCAUGCCCGCAGCGACUGGGGUCGGGGACGCGCGUUUUCUGGACAUUCCUCAUCCAAAAAGAAGGGCAAAAACCACAUCCCCGAAAGGUGGAAAGACUACCUUCCAGUUGGACAGCGGAUGCCUGGGACUCGUUUCAUUGCUUUCAAAGUUCCUUUGAAAAAGAGUUUUGAAGGGAAACUUGCUCCAGAAGAAUGUUUUUCCCCUUUGGAUCUUUUAAACAAAAUCCAGGAACAAAAUGAAGAACUUGGACUGAUUAUUGAUUUAACAUAUACUCAACGUUAUUAUAACCCAGAGGAUUUACCAGAAACUAUUCCUUACUUAAAAAUUUUUACAGUUGGGCAUCAGGUACCUGAUGAUGACACUAUUUUUAAGUUCAAAUGUGCUGUUAAUGGGUUUUUGAAAGAAAAUAAAGAUAAUGACAAACUUAUUGGGGUCCACUGUACCCAUGGUUUAAACAGAACGGGCUAUCUCAUCUGCAGAUAUUUGAUUGAUGUAGAAGGCAUGAGGCCAGAUGAUGCAAUUGAAUUAUUCAAUAGGUGCCGGGGACAUUGCAUAGAAAGAAUGAACUAUAUUGAAGACCUUCAGAAUGGUCCUAUCAGAAAGAAUUGGGGUUCCAGCGUAUCCAGGUCAAGUGGUUUUGAAGAAUCAGCACAUCUCAUGGAACCAGUCCACACCACUAAUAAGUUUGUUCGCCAAAGACCUAGGUAUAAUCUACAUCGGACCCAGGAUUACCCAACACCAUCUCGGCAUUUCCAUUCGCACACCCAGUCAGUCAGGAAAUUUUCCCAGAAUCAGAAUGUUUACCAGAGAGGCCUUAUUCCCCCUCCUGGUCCCCCUGGACAGGACUAUUCACAAAGGAGAUACUCUUGGAAUGUAAAGCCAGACACCACUCAAGCAGCCCAGUAUAAAAGGUUACCUCCUAACAUACCUUACAACAGACAAUGCUAUCGAUCCUUUCCUAUUGGGGAUGGCCCGAGUGACAUGAACCUCUUCUAGAAAUCUAUCUGGAGACCAGAGCUGGACUGAAGACAGCUGGAGUGACUUAAUUGGAUCAGGUCAAAUAAGGUUUAUUAUCUAUUUUAUUGUUCCUUUACGUGUUAAAGGUUAAGGAAAAAUUAUAUUGAUAUUUACCUCUUUGCUGAUAAAUUUACAGAAAGUGUGCCAGUAAAGGAAAAAUCUCCAUCAUUCCAGUCUAAAAUUUUUUUAAGGAAAUAUUUUGAAACUGAUGAAGUAAUAAAGAAUCCCCUUGCAAAUUAUUUUUUAAAAUUCAAUCUUACUUUCCUUUGUCCUAACUAGACGUGUAUAUGAGUGUGUGUGUACAAAAUUAAUAGUGUCUUUGUCAUCUAUUACUGGCCCAGUUGUUAAUGAAGUUUUUUUUUUUUUUUUUUAACUGUUUAAAAUUUUGCUUAAAAUUACCUAGGACACAAUCUUAUUAGAACCUAGUCAUUAUCUGUAAUUAGUUGUGACAUUUUUGCCCUCAGAUACCUCUUUCUUUGGCAGUCUGUCAUGGGAUUUACCAACUUCCUUUCACUGAAUUGUCAGAUAUGCCAUCUAACACAGGAAUGGAUAAAGUGUCAGAGAUUAAUUGUCCAUUAUGCAAGAGAAACUUACAAACCACAAUGCUGGUUUAUUAAAUUAUAGUGGUUAAUUUACUUGACAAGGUCAUUGUCUUCAAAACUAUUUAGAACACAUGAAAACUUCUAUAGAUUAUAAAGGUUGCUUAAUGAACAGAAUAGGAUAUGACUAUUUAAAGCCUGGAAAUCUGGAAAGACUUGCAUGGCUCUUGUGUUAUUGCUCCUCUGUUGAACAUGACCUGCUGGGAUCUUUCUCCAGUUGCCUCUCAUAAUGGAAUGGCACCUUCACCUUGAUUUUUUCUAAGUUCUCUCUGCUGGUACACCUCUACAACACUUGGAAGGGUAUGGAGACCUAGUGGUACAGUGGUUAAGAGCUUGGCUACUAACCAAAAGAUUGGCAGUUCGAAUCCACCAGCCGCUCCUUGGAAACCCUAUGGGGCAGUUCUGCUGUGUCGUAUGGGGUCGUUAUGAGUUGGGAUCAACUCAGUGGCCAUGGGUUUGGUUUAGUUUUGGGAGAAAUGGUAUUAAUUAUUUUUAGCUGCAGAGGAAGCCAGAAAACUUUGAUUGCUCAAGGAAGUAUUGCACCACCAUGACACAUAGUAAACCUCAGUAAAUUAUUGUUUAACACAAAAUUUACCCUUUUUAAAUGUAGAUUUCUCUGAAUUUUGACAAAUGCUUACGGUUUUGUAACCACCACCCCACGGCCAAGAUAUAUAGGACAGUUCUACCACACCCAGAAUUUCUCUCUUGCUCCUUUGUAGUCAGCCCUUCUCUCCCCGGACCCUGGUACCCACUGAUCUCUUUUUUUGUCCCUAUAAUUUAACCUUUUCUAGAAUGUUAUGUAAGUGGAAUCAUACAGUAUGUAGCCUUUUGAAUCUGGCUUCUUUCAUUUAACAUAAUGCUGUUGAGGUUCAUCCAUUCCAUUGAGUGGAUCAUUAGUUCAUUCUUUUUUAUAGGGUCACUGUGAAUUGGAAUUGACUUGACAGCAAUGGGUUAGUAUUCCGUUCUGUGGAUAUUGUGGAAGGGGACAGGCUGCCACCUUGCCCUGUGACCCACAAAUGAGCCUUGGGCUUGGGACCAGAUGUGUCAGCCUGGCUUCUUCUUUUUUUUUUUUUUUAAUAGC